AUGACGGUGUACACCGCUAAUAAGGGUAUCUGUAUCGCCGUUGUUCGUGUGUACGGCAAAGCUGUGCACUCGUCCUUCGCACUGACGAAUCACGGCUGCAACGCCAUUGACUACGCCGCGAAGAUCAUCGUGAAGAUACGUGAAUUCGGAGAGGAGUUCCGCAAGAGCGGCACCCACGACAAGGACUACGUGGUGCCACACACGACGAUGUCGACAAACCUCAUCAAGGGCGGUAACGCUGUGAACACCGUGCCCGCGGAGUGCGAGUUCAGCUUCGAGUUUAGUGGCGUUCCUCCUCAUGCUACUCGGUUUCUUCAGUUCCGUGUACAGUCAUAUAUCGACAAUGAACUUCUUCCUGCAUUGCGUGCAGAAUAUCCAGAUGGACAGAUCGAUGUGAAUAUUGCAAGCUCAGCUGAUGAAGCUGCUAGAAGGCUGUUGCCCCCUUCGUGUGAGACCUUGUUUGUAACCUGCGCUUCUGCUGGUUCUUCGUUCACUCCGUGCGGUGAGGAGGGUGUGAAGGUGAAGAGCAUGCCGCAUCUUCGGCACCUCGUGAUGCAGCACAUUUUCAACGGUUUGGGAGGAGAGAAGUCGCACCUUUAA